CAUUGGAAGAAGACAAAAAAAAAAAAAAAAAAACGUAGGAAUUAAAACUCUCGUCGUUGCUCCUUUGAUGGCAGGCAGGGUAACCCAUUUCUAACGAGUUACGAGAACAGGCACUGGGUGUGUUUGUAAGUUUGGAAAAUCUACUCCUUUGUACCAAACCAUAUCUCAUCAUUUCGAUUUAUCAUGUUUUCACUUUAACCUAUCAAAAUUUCCAUAUCUGCUCACUUAUUAUCUAUCUAUUUCAGUGGUUUUUAGAUUCUAGAUUGUGCUUUAAAUAUCAAGGUACCAGAUCUAAAUCUUACCUUUUUUCUAUUUGUUUACUAAAUUUCAGGUUGUAUAUCUUUAAUACUUUGUAUCUGUUGUUUGUUGUUGUAUUUGUUCCUUAAAACGGAAAAGGAAAGUUUAAUCCUUUCUAUGAAAAUUUUCCUAUAGAUGUGUUUAUUGAAAACCCAUUUCCUAACUUUUUGAGAUUUUUACUUGGUCACUGUAAUUCUCAAUGAAUUCUGGUGGCUGUGUGUUCUGUUUCUUUCUUUGAUAAUCUGUUAGGGUUUUGUUUUAUAAUUAAAUCUUAGAUUUUCAAAUUUCCGCUCCUUUUGAUACCCUUUUUAAUGUUCUGUCUGAUUCAAUCCUUGAAGAUUUUAUUAAAAUAACCACUUUCCAUAUUUUAGCUACUUCAUUUCUUCUCAAUUCAAUCAAUUUGAGUUCAGGGGUGUCCCGGUUUAUACUCUACUAUCAUUUGAUUAGUAGUUAGAGCUUUAUCUCCAAAUUCCACAACUUUAAUAUCUUUGGUUAGUGGGUUUUGGUUAGAAGAUGGAUUAUGGUAGAGAUUUUUCCAGUGCAAACGUUGUCCAUGUAAUUCCUGGAACAGGACCUGAGAAUUGGUUUCCAAAUUCUACUGAUUCUAGUUCUGUUUGGGCCACAGAAGAUGAUUAUCAUGCUUGGAACAACUUCGACAGCCCUUCCGAUAGCACUCCCUCCAAUUCGAACUUUCAGUCCUCCCAUACGCGCUCUGGCAGUGAACCACCAAACAAGAAAUCCAAAAACAACUCCCAAGAAUUGACUUCCAAGAAAUCCAUAGGGAAAAUGUUUUUCAAGACCAAACUGUGCUGCAAGUUCCGGGCUGGCACAUGCCCAUACGUUACAAACUGCAACUUUGCCCAUAGCAUAGAGGAGCUUCGACGCCCGCCUUCAAACUGGCAGGAAAUUGUAGCAGCACAUGAGGAAGAUAAAGGGAAUAUAAUGGAGAUAAGAGAGGAGUUUCAAAUUCCAUCUAUAGGGGGAUUUGGAGGGGAUUCACAGAGGUCUUAUAAAGGGAGACAUUGCAAGAAGUUUUAUACAGAGGAGGGGUGCCCAUACGGAGAUAAUUGUACAUUUUUGCAUGAUGAGCAGUCAAAGAACAGGGAGAGCGUGGCAAUAAGUUUGGGGCCAGGAGGGUAUGGAGGGGUCACAGGAGGCGGAGGGACAAGUGGAAGUGCGAGUGGAGGGAAUGUUAAGCCAUCAAAUUGGAAGACAAGAAUUUGUAACAAGUGGGAACUCACUGGGUAUUGCCCAUUUGGGAGUAAGUGCCAUUUUGCCCAUGGAGCUGGAGAGUUGCACAGGUAUGGUGGAGGGCUUGUGGAGUCGGAAGCUAAAGAUGCUUCAGUCCCUACUGAACCAAAGCAGGGAGGGGUGCCUUUGAAAACUGCAGCAGAAACUGUGGUUGCAUCUGUUACUACAGUUCCCCAUUCAGAUGUCUAUCACCACAGCGUUCCAUCGCAAAGGCCAUCAUCCAUUUUGAUCCAAAGGCCAGGGCAAAGAACUCAUCAAAAAUGGAAAGGCCCCGACAAAAUCAGUAGGAUAUAUGGUGAUUGGAUUGAUGACAUUGAAUAGAAUAUGGAAUUGCUUUCCAUGGAUUAAGGAAUCUGAUAAGAGUUUAAAAUGUUCAACAGUUGAUGCAAGAAAUGAUUAAAUGAAGACGGAAAUAGUGUUUUAGGAGCUUCAGCUCUUGGGUUCCAGAGCUGGCUUCAAGUGUCAGGAGGCGCCUUGUACGUUGGAGUUCUUCUGCAUGUGUAGUAGUACUGUAGCUGUGUGGAAUUUGUAUUAUAUUUGUAAUCUUCCAUCUUUGUAGGCAGUCAUAAUCACUGGAUGACUCAUCCUUAGAUGAACUGUUAUCUUUGUAGUUGAACCACUUUAAUGAAUUGCCAAUCAAGUAUUUAACCAAAA